AUGGGUCAAAACAAUUCCUAUCCUCUCUUUGAAAGUAUUGCACAAUCCGAGAGUGAUCAAAAUGGCGUUCUCGAUGUUGUGGUCUCUGCCUCCAAUUCUGCCAAUUCACUCCAAGACGACAAUGUGAAAAAUUUGAAACGUGAAAAACGAGAACGUUUGUUGCAACACAUUGGAUUUGUGUUUUACAUGUUGCAGACUCAACCUCAUUAUUUGUCCAUGCUUGUGAAACACGCGUUGGAUAAGAUGAAUGGUGAAGAUGGAUCUUAUAAUGAUGGAGAUGAAUUGGAAUAUAUUAAAUUGACUUAUAUGAUUUUUAAUCAUAUGAAAAGCAAUCGAUUGAAAUACAUGUAUUUGAGAUCAAUUAUUCAAUUGUUGUACAUGAUUCGAUUGAAAGGAAACAAAUCAUUGGAUAAUUUAUUAAGUAUUUUAACAGUAGAGGAUCCUGUGACACAACGAAAUAAUUAUUUAGAUAAGGUCGUGGAAACUGUCUUGUCACAUUAUCAUGGUGUGGAUUUGUCCAUUAUGAAUUUAGAUAAGAUGAAACGAAGAAGUGCCACUGUGGUGUAUUAUGGAAAAGUUUCACAGUAUCAUCAAGAACAACAAGAAUUUGGUAAUUAUGGACAAGGAACAAUACGAGGAACAUCGAAUUUACCAAAUUCAUUAUCCUCUCCACUAAUGCAAUCAUCCCAAAAUUCCACAACCACCUGCAAUGCUGUUGUUUCUUCUGGUGAUGAAAAUACUUGUUCACAAGAACUUGCAAUAACGACCAAUGUCUUGUUGUCACAACAACAACAAACAAGACUUGACAAUCGAGAGGAAACGACAACAAUUCCACCCUAUCAAAAUAAUGUCGAAGAAGAAAACAAGCAGGAUGAAGAUGACGACGAGAAUGAUGAAAAUUCACAAUUACCACCACCCUCUCGACUUUCGGAUUCUCCUUCUUCACUUCAACAAAUUACCACAUCCAUUACCAUUCAAACUCGUCCUUCAAGUCACACUGUCAUUAUGAACACUGGAAGGUCUCGUUCUGGAUCUACUUCUGUUGGUACACCUCCCACCUAUUCAGGUGCAGGUCUCUCAACUCCUUUAUCUUCUUCUCCAACGAUUCACGAAUUAGGAAAACAAAUUUUGGCCUCUUCUCCAUCUCCUCGACCUUAUUCCUAUUUGGGAUCUUCUCCUUAUGCCUCCUCUCCAAUUAAUGAUGAUCGAUUAGAAUUGCGAGUUCACACCACAAUGAUGUCUUCACCAAUGGGUUCUCAUGGAUCAUUUUCAAGAACCAAUUCUUUGGAUAACAACAUGGUCAAUCGAUUAAGUACUUCCUCCAGUGAUGAUAUUCAACCACCACUUCAAAAUAAUAGUUUUCUGUAUGACUCUGCAGGAGGAUCCUCUUCUUCGUCAUUGAGCUUCCUGUCAAAUUCUGCUACAAGUCUUGAUGGAUCAUCUCCAACCAUUGUCACCAACAAGAAUAGAGGAGUGGGUGGAAUGUUAUAUUCUGCUGCUGCUACACCUACGAAUCAAACUCCUUCACCGUCACCUGUGACUCCAAUAACAACAUCAACAACUACUCCUGUUGCGACUACCCCUCUGUUAAAUAACAAUUAUGUUUUGAGUAGAAAUAGUUUCGAUGAAGGACGUGAUUAUCCUGCCACUCCUGAAUUUUCACUCGUUCCUUCUUUGGGAUCUUCAAAUACGUUGAAAAAGACCUUUUCUGAAUCGAUUAGCAAAAUGAAACAAAAAGCCAAAAUGCAACAAGAUCUUAAAAAUUUUGAAGAAAUGUGUCAUGCAAGUGCCAAUUCCACAGGUGGACUUGUGAUUGUGAAUUCUUCGACGAGUGGAAAGAAACCUCAACCAAAUUUAGAUCUUCCUAUGCGUAGCAGGGAAUAUACUCUUGAAAAGAAGAUUCACAUUUGGGAAGGAAUUCUUGAUCGAAUUCAUGACAAGUUGGUGAUACAUUUGAAUGAGGCACCAUUUGAACAUCAGUACAAGUUGGCAUAUAUUCAUUUCUUUUUAACACAAAUUUUCGAUUAUGCCUCCAAAGGUAAUGGAGGAGGAAAUAAUGCAAACAAAAUCAGCUCGAUUGAACUUGCCAAUGCCUAUAUUGUGAGUUCCUAUUUGAGAAUUAACAAAAUUAGAAAGAAGUUACAACAAGUACUCAUUAAUAAUAAUGUCAGAUCAAAAGAAAGUCAUAUUUGUCAAUUCUUGGACAUCAUGUCCGGCCACGACUCGUGUCUACAAACAAAAGAAUAUAAGGGAGUUGCUGAAAAAGCAAGUCAAAUUAAGAAAACAAUUUUAAAUUGGAUUUUACAAAUCAACAUUACCAAACAAAAUAAGGGUCUUCAACAAGCGUUUUUGGAAAAAUAUUAUGGAAUACCCACAGAUUCUGACGUUUCACACAAAGUGGAUCCACCUCUACGCAUCAAGAUUGGAGAUUUUUUGAAUUUGGCUAAAAUUAUGUUUUUCAAUUCGAGUCCUGAGGAUGAAAUGAAGAAAGUAUUGACCACGAUUCGACAAAAUUUGAAAUGCAUCUUGUCAGCACCACCAUCGUCACAACCACAGACACCACAAACAACAUCCACCUCACAUCCUUCCUCCUCUGUAUCCAACAGUAGUGGUCAUCAUUCGCAUCCAUCAUCAUCCUCAGACUCUUCAGAUCAUCAUUCUCCAUCCGAUCAAGAAGCAUCAUCAGAUUCUCAAAAUGGUGACGAUUCCAAUUCACCCAACAAUAUUACCUUUAGCAUUUAUUGCCCUGAUCGAAGAUAUCUCCCAAAUUCCAUCCAUCUAUUGAAAUAUUUUGCAAAAAACUUGUCCAAUGGCAAUAAUUAUGUCAUUGUGAAUUCACCACUCACCACCGCCACCACCACAAGUGCCACCAUGGAACAUCAGAUGAAAGAACUUGUACCAAACAGACCAACCCUUUUUUCAGAUCUUUUGAUUUUCACACAUCACUGA